AUGCUACAAGAACGGAAAAGCACCGACAAACGGUACACUUGGUCUAAAGAUCAGGGCUGCUUGAAAGCCAAACUUCGGACCAUACUGAUCGCAGCGGUUCCCUGUAAUUACCUGCGUGCCACUCUUCUUUCUAGACUAGACCCCCAACGCGUCUCUUCCGCCCCUGGUCGGGCGGCUGCCCUUGACCAGCAGCGGGGCACUCCGGUGGCCCACAUACAUGUGCUGCGCCAAAGCACUCAUAGCCUCACAACGCUCCCUAAUCUAUGGAAUAGACCGGAAGAGAAAUUGACUGAGACUGUGGGCAUUACAUCUUACGAUUAGGAGUGACUUUCACUCUUUAUUACGUAUGCAUGUCUAUGUAGCAGUGGAAGUCUGAAUAAAAUAACUUAUCUGUGU